GCCCUUCUUCUCUCUGCUCCACUGAACAGAAGCAGCAACGUAAAUCAAAAUCUUCCUCGUCAUUCACUCAAUAGAAGCAGCAAAGCAGAACUUCUUCUCCUUCGCUACCCUCCUUCUAUUCCUCAUCUCCUGCUCCAUGGACCAGAAGCAGCAGCAGAAAUCAGAAUUUUGCUCAUCUCCUCUGCAGCAGCUCGCCCUUUUAAUCCUUUUAAGUUUAAGGAAAAUGUCAUCAUUUGGACAAAAUUCAACUGCUGCAUCUACGCAAUUACAAUCACAACAAUCAUCUAGAGGAAAAGCUGAUAUUGCAUGGGAGCAUUGUGUUGAAGUUGAAGGGACUAAAAAAACAUUACAAUGCUUGCAUUGUAAAAAAUUUAUCAAAGGUGGUGGAAUAAAUAGAAUGAAACAGCACCUUGCCGGAAAAAGUGGAGAAGUGAAAAAAUGUGACAAAGUGCCUUAUGAUGUUCGUUUUCGAAUGCAAGAAAGUUUGAAGGAAUUUGAAGAAAUUAAGAAGCAAGCUAAAAAUCAAUGGGAAGAUAACCCAUUUGGUGCUGCAGACUUGCAAGAGAUUCCUGCUCCACCUUCUCAAGCUAAAGGAAAAGAAAUAGCAACCACUUUGGGUAAAAAAAGAAAGGCAAGUGGGUUGCAUAACUAUUUUGCCCCGAGGACAACUCCUGGAUCUCAACCAUCAAUCAAGAGUGCAAUGGCAGGUAUGAAAGACAUCCAUGAAGCUGAUUUAGCUGUUGCUCGGUUCUUUUUUGAUAGUUGCAUUCCUAUAAAUGCAAUUAAUUCUCCAUAUUUUCAACCUAUGAUUGAUGCUAUUGCUGCAAUUGGUUCUGGUUAUAAAGGACCAACUUAUCAUGCUAUGAGAACUAGUCUUUUGAAAGAUUUAAAAAAGGAGGUCCAGUUGUUGAUUGAUUCUUACAGAAAAGUUUGGGAAGAAACUGGUUGUACAAUCAUGGGUGAUGGGUGGCAGGAUCAAAAAAAUAGACAAUUGAUUAAUUUUCUUGUUUAUUGUCCUAGAGGGAUAACUUUUGUGAGAUCUGUUGAUGCUUCUGACGUGGUUAAGGAUGCUAGCAUGCUUUGCAAUUUGUUUAAAGAAUUGGUUGAGUUUGUUGGUGCUAGUAAUGUUGUCCAUUUGGUCACUGAUAAUGCAGCUAAUUGUAAGAAAGCUGGAAAAAUGCUAAAUGAUGUGUAUCCAACCAUUUUUUGGUCUCCUUGUGCUGCUCAUUGCUUGAAUUUGAUAUUAAGUGAUAUUGGCAAGUUGGAUAUUGUGAGUCAAUUAGCAACUAGUGCAUCAUUGGUGACUAAAUUUGUGUAUAAUCAUGCUUUUCUCUUGGCUUGGUUGAGAAAAAGAGAGGGGUGGACUGAAAUUAUUCGCCCAGGACCAACACGUUUUGCCACUACAUUUAUUGCAUUGAAAAGCAUUCUUGAUCAUAAGCAUGAUUUGCAAGCAUUGGUUACUAGUUUGGAAUUUAAAGAAUCUAGAUACUACAAAGAUUCGAAGGCAAAAGAUGUUGUUGCUGUUGUCUUAGAUAACAAAUUUUGGAGUAAUUGUCAGCUUAUUGUGAAAGUUGUGGCACCACUUAUGCGCUUGCUUAGAAUUGUUGAUGGUGAUGAAAGGCCUUCUCUUGGUUAUGUUUAUGAUGGCAUGAAAGGUGGGAUAGGCAACUUCGUCAAAGUAUUCAUGCUGCUGCCUAUUACUUGAAUCCUUCUUUUUUUUAUGAUAAAGUGCAUUUUUGUAC